CGUCAUCUCCACAUCCCAAAACCUCUCUACGCGCUCACCCUCCACCACUUCUUAUUUCGCGCCGAACCACCGCGAACCACCGCGAACCACCGCGACUCUCACCAGUCACCACUCACCAGUGACCCAAGCCACUGGCCAUCCCAAUCUCCUCUCACCCAAAGCCCCUUCCACCAUGUCCCCCCCCGCCAUCAUCGCGCCCUCCAUCCUCGCCGCCGACUUUGCCGACCUAGGCGCAGAGUGUUCCCGCACCAUCAAGCAGUACGGCGCGCAAUGGCUGCACAUCGACAUCAUGGACGGCCACUUUGUGCCCAACAUCACCUUCGGCGCCCCCGUCGUCACCAAGAUCCGCUCGCACGUCGACCGCCCCGCCACCGCCAAUGCCACGGGCACCUUCGACUGCCACAUGAUGGUUGCUGAGCCCAAGAAGUGGGUCAAGGACUUUAAGAAGGCGGGCUGCGAUUUGUACUGCUUCCAUUAUGAGGCUGCCAUCGAUUCUACGGCUGCCGAGUCGCCGGAGGAGACGUCGGAUAAGAAGACGAGCCCGAAGGAGCUUAUUAGGUUUAUCCAUGAGCAGGAUAUGCAAGCUGGCAUUGCGAUUAAGCCCAAUACCCCUGUUGAUGUGCUGUGGGAUAUCCUGGAAAACCCAGUAGCGGAGGAGAGACCAGAUAUGGUCCUUGUCAUGACCGUCGAGCCCGGCUUCGGCGGACAAAAGUUCAUGGCCUCCGAACUCCCCAAGGUCACCGCGCUGCGGAAGAAGUACCCAAAACUGAACAUCGAGGUCGACGGCGGCCUGGGUCUGGGCACUAUCGACCAAGCUGCCGAUGCAGGCGCGAACGUCAUCGUCGCGGGCUCAGCAGUCUUUGGUGCUCAGUCCCCAAAAGAUGUGAUCGCCAAACUGCACCAGGCUGUGGAGGCCAGGCGGAGUUAGGAGGGUGAUUGAGCGACUAUUUACAAAACUUACAUACAUAGACUUCGAGUACAUAGCUAAAUAAAUCUUGUCAUCAGU